AGAAUAUAUCGUGAAAGUUCGGACCAAUACGUAGGCAUCCGAUGAGCGCGAGUCCCGGCGCGCCCGGGUUGCGCCUUCCGCUUCUCAAAAGCGCCGAGCCCGUGGACAACGCGACGACGGUGGCGCCCUUGAUGCGGCACACGUCUUUGAAAUCCAAGAUGGAUGGCAAAGGCGUCGUCGACGACGCGUUCCUCUGGCCAGCCCCGCCAGCGUCCCGACCGGACAAAAUGCCACAUGGCUUGGGGCGAAUACACCGGCCAUCGAUGCACGGCACAGGGGUGCUGGACGACGGCCCGCCAGGGUGUGCGACCACCCCGACGGCGGGCAAGGUACCCUCGUCGACGAUGAAAGUCAACCAAAUGAUGGGAUCGCUCGAGCCGCUGCCCCCGACGUCGGUGCUGCUGCCGUCUCUCGUCGACUUGGCCAGUACUGCCACCACGAUAUCGACCAUGGCAUCCGCGGCAAAGCCCGUCCUCCCGUCGUUGAAUUCCAGCACCAACCACGAACACUCCAACGACAAAAUCGACUUGGAGCAGCGCAUCACCAAGCUCAAGUUGGACCAUUUUCCCAUCGGCCACGACCAUCCUCAAGUAGCGUACGAUGACGCCGAGCGGUACUCGGACAUCAACGUGGAUGAGUACAUGGAGUAUGCGAGGACGCUGGACCUUGGGCAGCUCCAGGCCCAUCACACGAACCUGUACAAGCUCGUGCGGCAGUACCAAGGUUUAUUCAGUGUCGCGAGCGCGAUCUCGGUCGAAAUGGACUCGAACGGGGCACUCGCGCGCAUCGUGUCGGGGGUGCACCGCGUCCUGCCAGUGGAACGGGUUGUGCUACUGCUUGUCCAUCGAAAUAGCGGCGUGCUGUGUGGCACGGUCGCGGGCGUCGACGUCGAGAUGCCCAUUGCCGCAGGGAUCGAAGGCGCCGUCGUGGCGCACGGCAAGGCCAUGAUCGUCGAAGAUGCUGCGACGGACCCGCGCUUCGACAAGACGUUGGAUGUAGCGACCAAGUUUACGACUCGGAACGCUCUGUGCGCGCCCGUGACGGACCCCAAGGGCAACAUCAUGGCGGUGCUUCAGUGCGCCAACAAAGCCACGCCCUUCACGACCAGCGACAGCCUCAGCUUGGAAUUGAUUGCGCUCAUCGCUGGCCACACGUUGCACAAACUCGAGCUCUUUGACAGCGCCAUGUCCGCGGGUCGCCGGACGUCGGCCAUCUUGCAAGUCGUCAAAGCUGUCGCUGACGAAAACCAUGACACGCACGGCAUGAUCCUGCGCGUGAUUCAAGUCGCGAAAACCGCCCUCAACUGCGACCGCCUCACGUUGUAUCUAUGCAACCGCGUGCGGCGGGAGCUCGUGUGCUGCGUUUGCCGCGACUCGAUGGUCGAGCAGUUCUGUCUCCCCUACGACAAGGGGCUCGCUGGCCAUGUAGCAUCCACGGGCAAGCUCGUGCGCAUUACCAACUGCUACGACGACCCCCGGUUCCUCCCGGACGUCGACGUCAAGUCCGGGUACAAGUCGGUCUCGAUGUUGUGCGCCCCCGUGAUCUCCGCCGACGGCGACACGAUCGCAGUCCUCCAAGCCAUGAACAAGUCGUCGUGGCCGAUCCCUGCCAACUACACGGGCACGAUCCCGCCCGCAUCGAUCACAGCGUUUCAAGACGGGGAUGUGACUCUCAUGCACGAAUUUUGCACGGAGCUCGCCGGGUCCCUUCGCAAGUCGACGCUCGAAGUGCUCUACCACAACGUGUACACCGACAUGAACCGAACGAAGCGGCGCGACUCGGUCUCGCUCGUGGUGUCGUCGCUUUUGGGUGUGCAUUCCAACGACAAAGCGAUGCGGCCGUCGGUGAAGGGCUGGAAAAUCUCGGGCCUCGUCACCCUCGCCGCGACAAAAUUCAUGAAGUCGCUGGCAAAACGGAAAAACGAGCCGCGGGUCGAUGUGGCCGCGAGCGUCGGCCGGGGCAGCGAUGGCCGGUCCUCUUCCCACGACUCACUCCACGUCGUGCCACCCGAGUGGCGCGCGAAACACCACGGAUUCGACGACUUUACGUUCAACAUCUUCCACUACACGCACGACCAGCUAGCCGUGUUGGUGGUGCAAGGGUUUUCGCAGAUGGGUUUGUGCUCGAUUUUCUCCAUCCCGGACGACAUUGCCGUCAACUUUGUCGAGACUGUCCGUCGCGGGUACCAUGACAACCCGUACCAUUCGUGGUGGCACGCCGCCGACGUGUUCCAGCAUGUGUUUGCGCUGUUGAAUCGAACGACGCUCCUCACGAUGCUCCAGCCGAAUAUUGUGUUUGCCAUGCUCGUGGCGGGGCUGUGCCACGAUAUCGGACACCCCGGCACGGACAACGCGUACGAGAUCGCGACCGGGUCGGCGCUCGCGAUCCAGUACAACGACAUGAGUGUCCUGGAGCAGCAUCACGCGUGCGAAACGUUUCGGAUCUUGCAACGCCCGAGCUGCAACAUCCUGCUCGGCAUGAGCAAGCCGGCGCAUCAAACGAUGCGCAAGCUCGUCAUCGACGGCAUCCUCCAGACCGACAUGAAGUGCCACUUUGACCUCGUUCAUGACCUCGAAGACGCGGUGGCGCGGCGGCAAAAGGGCGCCGGAAUAUUCGAUCUGUCAAACGUGAGCCAUGUCAAGUGGCUCACGGGGGCGAUUCUCCACGCUUCCGACAUCGGCGCGCAGACGUAUCCCGUCGCGAUUGCCGGCCAGUGGUCGCAACGCCUCGUCGACGAAUUUCGCCUCCUGGGCGAAAAGGAACAGAGCAAAGGGCUGCCCGUGGCGCCAUUCCGAGAUAACCUCACCACCAACAAAGCGGUCGGUCGGCUCCAGCUCAACUUUAUCAACUACAUCGUGACGCCGAUAUGGCACCUCGUGAUGGACAUUCUCCCGGACGCUGCCGUCCUCCGCGUAAACCUCGACGCGAACCGGACCCACUAUCAAAACCUCAUCUUGGAAGACAUGCCCAACAUGGCAUCGUGUGGCGGCAGCGGCCGGCUCCUGGCCACGACAUCGUCCAUGUCGAGCUUGACCAAGCUCGACCUGCACCAGUCCAACUCGACCGACAGCGACAUCGUCCGUGACCAACAGCUCCAGCACAAGCUCUCCAUGUCCAUGGCAUCGUCGUCCUCGCAUCGGCAGCUCGUGGAAAGUCAUUCAAACGACAAACAAGCCAGCAACAGCAGCCUUCGCCGUCUGCACACAACGUUGAGUCAAAACGCUGACCUGGGCAUCCCUCACCACCACGCACCCCGACCUACCUCCGCCUCGAAAACGUCCCUCCACCGACCGCCCAGCAUGACUCGCAUCCCGAGCUCGACUCGAUCGAGUCAGGCUGGGUCCCGCGUCGAAGUCGAGCCGCCAAAGGAUGCGCCCGAAAUGCCCGCAUGA